CCUACGCAAUGGCCGACCCGUUCUCCAUCGCGGGGAGCGCUGUCGGCGUCGUCUCACUCGGCAUCAAGGUCUGCGAAGACCUCGUCACCUUCAUUGGCCAUGUGAAGGAUGGGAAGAGCGAAAUGUCUCAGAUAUCGAGCCGGAUGGACAAUCUGGCCGACUGCCUCGAACGACUUCAAUCUAGCGUUAACGCAGUGAAGCCCUUAGCUGAGGGUGUAGCACAGGAAGCCGAUGCGGGGAUCAGUGCCUGCGCGACGGCGCUCGGGAGAAUACAGGAGAAGCUGCCUCAAUCAAACCAGCCCAGUGGCAAGGGGCACUUCUCUCGCCUCCUGGGAGAGUGGAAGACGCGUCUAGGGUAUCCAUUCCGAAGAGCUGAGCUAUUCGCCCUGAAAGACAUGGUUGAAAGCGUCCAGCAAAAUUUGAUUGUGGCUUUACAAGCGCUUCAGCUAGCCCAACAACAGGCCAGUCACAAUUGUUUGAGUGGCGAGCUUGCCAACUUCGCUCAGUUGACGAUAUCCGAUACGCAAACAAUACAGCGUGAGCUUACAAGCUUACGAUCGGACGUCAAGCAUGUUGGAAAUGCGGUGCACCCUGUCCAAGACGAAGUCCGGGUUCUGACGGAGCAAGUGAUUUCACUCACUAGCUCUGUUAUGCGUCUGGAAUCAAGAGUUACGAAUGUUUUCCCUGACGCCUACUCGCCUUCUAAGAUUCAUAAAGACGCACGUCAACUGCGUCACCUGCAUAAUCGUCUACGGAAAACGGAUUCGACCUCGAUAGGGCACGCGGUCAACACUUCUAUACUCUGUCAAUGCCGAGGAACAACCAGAGCAAGGACUUUGUAUAGUUGGUCGAGUUGGGCCUCAGCACCCUUUUCUAUUUUGCAAGAGACGUUUUUGGCGCAUGAAGAGGAUUGUCCAUACUCAGCGUAUUCAGAAGCUCGAACUAGCUUGCAACUACGCCUCUCAUUUUGCACCUUCCUUUUCAAAAGAAAAGUGCAGCUGGCGCUUCAAGUGCAACGCGGAGCUGGACCUUUCGUCGUCAACCACUCGUUGCAGACCUAUCGGAUCGUGCCCGAAUCAUCGGCGGCUUUUACACUGAUGGACGAGUUCCAGAAUCACAUCGGAGAACUAGGCGCAGCCCAGCAAUACAUAAGGAGGCUACGGGAGCUCUUCGGUAAUAGGGAAGCAACACCUCAUGAUCGGCUCGCUGAUGGGAAAACUUUGCUACAUGCGCUAUGCUCAGUAAUCUCCAAAUAUCUUGUUGAUUGGAAUGUUGGUGUAGCCUCAGAUGAGUCCCCGUUUGCAGCUUUGAUAUUCUUUCUCGUCAAUGCAAUGGGAAAUACAAUUCUCGAGGCAGAUGACAGUGGCCGGUCUGCCCUUGAUCACUUCGCUGCGCUUUGGGAAGGCUGGAAUUCAGGUAUCGGCCAUUUUGACCUUGGCCAAAGCCGCGACGCCAAGGUUUCAGACUACAAAACUGUGGUAACGAGCUUGAAUCAAAAGGGAAUUUUAGAGGAGAUGGACGCUAGCACUGAGAUUUUGCUUUCAGUGUUGACCAAAUCACGAAGAGGAUUACAAGAUGCGAUCCGUCGUCAUCCGAAUAUCCAUUCUAUCGAUUCUAACCGCGUCUGGCUUUCUCAAUCCCUGAGAAUGUCGACGGUCGGCGGAUGGACAGAAGGUUGCGAAAUUCUCAUACAGCAUAGCGCCCUAACCGCCCCAGGACCCCUUCGCUCCAGCAUGAUGACGCAAGCUAUUAAGUGCAACGAAUUGAGUACCGUACAGUUCUGGUUGCGACAGAGACGAACUGCAAACGGCGAGCAGCUACGCUGUAUCGGCCACAUUGAAACGGCACUUGUCCUGUGCUCCAAGCGCGAAUCCAGAAACGGCAUUCGAGCUGCCCUCGUGAAAGAGUUGGUGAAACAACGUGAGCGGCUUAAAAUCUUGGGCAAAACCCACUUGGGAAACAAUAAAUUCGUUCAAAGAGACGACAGACUGCUCGAUGCUGGUGCUCGGAGGGUUUUCGAUGCGCUAGCGCGACGAGGGGUGGAAGUUCCUGCUUCUUUACGCCCUGUCCAGGCUAGCGUCUAUCACAGCCGAUUACCACUCAACAUAACGAUGGCAGAGGAACUCUAUAGUGUUGGGUUUCGCGACGUCAAAGCAUCGGAUUUUGGCCGGGCUAGUAAUCUUGUCUCACCGCUGAUUUGGAAUGCUGCAAGCGUAUACAACCGCGACCGCAUCCGCGAUACUCUUAGCGUCUGCAAGUGGCUCAUAUCGAAAGGAGCAAGAUUGACAGAAACAUGGCCAUAUUUGGAUAUGGCCGCUUGGAAGCUGUUGGGGUAUCAGGCUGGCAGGUGGAUGAGUUCCCCUCUGUCUACUUCGGCCAAGGACUGGAAAUCCCUGGUUCUAGCACUACUCGGAUCUACCUAUGUGGAUGAAUGUAGCUGCGCCUGCAGUGAUGGAGGCUGUUCACCCCUAUCCUCAUUCUUCAGGGGCGCCACGGAAAGCGAGGACACUCGGGUCGAGAAGCGGCUAUUGAUUUUCCUUCUAACCUCAUGGAUCGCACCCGCUGCACGAAGCCACCGUCAUCUCGUCACUGCUCUGCUUCGGUCCUUGACAUUCUUGCAACUGGGCCUAAGGCACACAUGCUGCCAUAUAGCCCCCAUUGCUCGAGAUCGUAGUGGUUUAUUAUUCCUUUGGAAGCACGAUUCAACUGGGCUCCUCACCCGGAUAUGUCUAGGUCCGUGUCAUGACUCGGUUUGUCUCAAAGAAAUCCGUGAGGAGGAUGAAUAUCUUCUCAAACGACUGGAGGCUCUAGUGAACAAGUUCGAUACAGCAUACGACACGCAAGGCCAAGACAUCGUCGAUUUCGUUAUGGGGUUCUGGAGUGAGAGGAUGUUACGUGAACUGCAAGAGCAGGCAGAGAUGGACAAAGAAGAGCACAACCAUGGCCGCAGGCUGCUUGGCAUCACGCAACACGCAUUCGACCCUUCAGUAACGGGCCUGGUAGGCGAAGUGAAUCUCGAUGAUUUUGUUUUUCCCAAGGAUUCUUGGUAUAGACCGAUAAAAGUUUCGCAAAUUUUACCUUCGGUUCGUACGUUAGAUGAGCUGGGCGGGGCAUUUGUACCGGACGACGAUGACGAGGAAGCGGAGGAGGAGAGGCCUGAGGAGGAGGAAUAUGGCGAUGAUGGAUAUAACGAUGACGGGUAUAUAUGAGGAAGAGGAAGGCUUCGAAGCCGAGGAGACAGAUGACGAGGCAUCAGGGGAUGAGGGAUCAUAGAAUGCCAUUUAGUUUCCAGACACGCAUCAAGGCCUAGGGUGCAACGUAACUGAUGUGAUGUUUCGGACUCUGACGGAUGCGGAAACAGGAAAUGUCAGCAAUAUCUAAGCCGUUCUCCGGCAAUGUUCU